GCGGAGAGGUGGCUUUAGGACCGUGGUGCCGCUUCUUGCUCUUUCCUCAGGCACGGGGCUUUAUGGAACAACCCCCAGGGGCCGGGCGCGGACCUGUCUUGAGAGUGGAGCCAAGACUACCGGCCUCUUCGGAGUUUCUGUUGGACGUUAACGAUAAACCAUGCUGGUGUACCCUAGCCGAGAACUCCCAAAGACUCGUCUAGGCGCUGGGGAGAUGUUCGCUGCUUUGUUGGGGUUGUGCCUGUGCCCUGAGGGCGGCUGUCUGUAGUCUUUACUUCAGCACUUACCAGGAGGAGAGUUAAAGUGGAGUGACGCCAGAAAACCAAUCUAGUCAAUCAUUGACCCUGAACUAUCGAUGCAGGCUUUCUGUUUCAGAUUGGGAUCAAUUAUGGACCAAGUUGCAUCUGGCUGGUAAUUGCCUGUAUUUUUAAAAAUAAAUAAUUGCUGAAUAAGAGAAGUACAUUACAGUACCUUAUGAAGCAGAGAGUCAGAUCCUUCAACAUUUGCUAUUUUUCUUCUUAUUGGUAAUUUGGAACAAUUUUUCCAUUGUUGAUUGCUUGGAUUUUUUCCCUGCCUGUUUAAUGUUCUACAAAGCCAAAGACUCUACACAUUCUUUGUAGCCACAUUUUUGUCUUCCCUGCAAUCAUGAGUCCUGAUGAAACACCUAUGUUUGACCCAAGUCUAUUGAAAGAGGUGGACUGGAGCCAAAAUACUGCAACCUUUUCUCCAGCUAUUUCCCCUACACACCCAGGAGAUGGUUUGGUUUUGAGGCCUCUUUGUACUGCUGAUCUAAACAGAGGAUUUUUUAAGGUACUUGGUCAGCUGACAGAAACUGGAGUGGUCAGCCCUGAACAAUUUAUGAAAUCAUUUGAACACAUGAAGAAAUCAGGGGACUAUUAUGUUACAGUUGUAGAAGACGUCACUAUAGGGCAGAUUGUUGCUACAGCUACUCUGAUAAUAGAACAUAAAUUCAUUCAUUCAUGUGCAAAGAGAGGCAGAGUAGAAGAUGUGGUUGUAAGUGAUGAAUGCAGAGGAAAGCAACUGGGAAAACUGUUAUUGUCAACUCUUACUCUGCUAAGUAAAAAGCUGAACUGCUACAAAAUUACUCUUGAGUGUCUCCCACAAAAUGUUGGUUUUUAUAAAAAGUUUGGAUAUACCGUAUCUGAAGAAAAUUACAUGUAUCAUAGGUUUAAGUAAUGAUAGCAAAAAUCAUUUUUAGAACGUCAGCAAAGAAGUUUAUUGCUAUUAGGAUAUUCUUUUGGAAAAUCAAAGUAUUUUAUUGCUACAAAACCCACACCCCUGCCUCCCCCCAAAUAUUGGAGAAAUAUUUUAGUCACAAGUUUGGCAUAUUAUUAGAUUAAAUUAAAUUAAAUUAAAUUGGAUUGGUGGAGCAUGAUGUUAUGAAGAUGACUUUUAACCAAAGGAAUCUAUUUUUAACUUGAAAUUUUUCCUGUAUUUUUCUAAAGUUGGGAUUUAUUUCUUUGUAGUCAAAGUAUAGAGUAUAUGUUUACUAUCUGUACUUCUUAUUCAAAAGAAACAAGAUUGUCUAAGUGAAUAUUCUGUAGUGCACAAAAAUUAUUACAUAACUAAUUUCUUUAGUUAUUAUCAAAACUUAUACUGACAUGGGUUUCAUUGCAGGCUGACUUCACUGAAUACAGAGAUUUUGGGGAACACUAAUAAUAAUAAUACUGGCAACUAUCAGAUUAUGACAUUAUAAAACGUCACAUAUUUUAAUUUGAUGUAUAAAACUUAUUGAAUAUAGUUCUUAUGGAGGGGAAAUAAAAUUCAAAAUAAGGAGCUGUUUUAUUUGUGAAAUGAAUGUAAUAUAGCUCCUUUUAUUUAAUUUGAUUUCCACUGAAAUCUGAGCAUCCAUAUUUGUCUAAUAUAGAUACCACACACUGUGGCAACCUCAAUUUCCCCCAAUUUUGAAAUCUCACAGCUUUUCAUUCAUGAAAACUUACAUUGUUUCAUUUACCCUUCUAAUUAACAUUUUAUGGAAAAAUCAUUGCGUUUGUUGCAUUCAUAAAACUCGAUGGGGAUUUUCUCAGUGAUAAUAUGCACUUUUUAGUAUUUGCUGUUUUCCGAUUUUAUUUUUAGGAUAAAAUAAAAGCCUAAAAUUACUAUUCAGCUGACUAGUUUUAAUAAUAGAAUUGUAAAUUUUUUAUGUGCUUCCUUCUAAUCAUUUUUUAACAUCGAAGACCUCAGGUAAUGGUGUUAUUUAGAUAAUAGAUAUUUUCGAAAUAAUGGAAGAUCAUUUAUUUUCAUCAUCUGCUACUGUAUUUGCUUUGUUUCUCAUAUCCAUCAGUGGCAUAAUAGCGUGUGCUUUUCUAGAUACACAUUUUAAGAGUAUUUUUUUUUUAAUCAACCAAAUUUUUUUUAGUGAAAGAGUAAUAGUGCUCACAUUUUUAGUAAGCCAUAAAAGCUAUUCAGAAUUUUAUGAAAAAAGCAAAAUUGAUUCAUAUAGUUGACUUGAAAACAUGUGAAAUUAAUAGCCUUGCCCUGCUCAUCAGUGCUUAUCCUCAGUGAAGAAAGCAUAUUAGAAAAAAAUGGAGUACAAAAACAAAAAGGAAAAAUCACAGCCAAGCUAGAGAUUUAUUAGAACUUUACUUUCAAUGAUCUAUAUCACUAGAUUCUCUUGAGAUGAUCCUCCUAUGAAUAUAUAGCAUAUCAGAGUCCCUUAGAUGUUAUUCCAAUAAAGUCUAAAUUCUAAGCUAAGGACAUAGAUUACUUUUGAAGGGCUUUUCUGAAAGAUACAUGGAAGAGGGAUCAGAUUUAUUCUGUUUGAAGUCAGAAGGCAGAGUAACUAAACAAUGAACAGAAGUCGCAGAAAGGUCAAUUGGGACUUCCCAGGAAUUAGAGCCAUUUGAAAGGUAAAUGGAAUGCCUGAAGUGGAUUCUUAGACUAGAUGAUCUUUCUGAUCUUUUCCAACUCUGAGUCUAUGAUAUGUCUACUUUCCACAAAACCAUUUGUUUAGUUUUGCCUAAGCAAAUAUAACUUAAAAAACAAACAUCAAAAUGUUUUGGUGAUUUUAAUAGAUUCAAAACAACUGAAAUUAAGGAAUUUAAAAACCUAUUCACAUUUUUGCAUAACUAGACCAGUCUGGACCACAUUCUUAAGUAUUUAAGUGUCUUGGGUUUUGAGACUAAAAAUGUAAUUUUAUUUAUUCAUGGUAGUAAGUGGGCUAACAUCACUGUUUAAAAUGAAUAAAUUCUUUUUUUCAGACACGAUGGCAUAAGAUACUAAAUGUAUUUUGUAUAGUUCAAGUUUCACAAAAUAAAUUUGCAGUAUUUUGUGCCAGGC